CCAUGCUACUUACCAACCUUCCAACCCGCCGCAAACCUCCACUAACAACCUAUGCUAACCCCCAGCAUCUCGGCAUUAUGAGGACCACCCACUACAUUAGUGGUAGCGGAUACCAGCAACCCUCGCUUGAGAAACCUUCCCGCACAUUGCUCGUCGGGCCCGCUGCGCUGUUUGCACCAUUGAGAUUGGAGAAAACUGUUGUUGAACGCUCCAACACACCUCCACCGCUCUCCGCUCGCCGCUCGCACGCCAUGAGAGGGAGGGUGCUGAAUGUUUUUUGACGGUCCCCAUGGCAUGGCGGUGGCCACGGACGUUGCAACAAGCCCCCCGACCAACUCGCUGCGGCAGAGUCG